AUGGUAGCGCAGUGGCCAGACAAGUCUUGGAGCUUCAUGGCAGGCCUGCUCAGGAUGUCGGCAAAGGUGGGCCUCGCUUGGAACAGACUGAACCGCCAGAGAGGCCAGAUGCUCUGCGUGAUGAGUGAUCCGAAGCCCUCGCGCCUCCGCGUGUUGCUUAGCCUAAGUCCAGGAGGGCAAGGCCUGCCAUAUGGCCAGCUUGUUGGCAUCAAGAGCUUCGACGGUCCUGAGAUUCCGUUGAACCGUCUCCAUAACUUUGCGGAUCCGUCGUCAUGGAGUACGUAG